AUGUUGAAAUUCUUGAAAGGCGUGGUUGCCGGAUCUGGCGCGGCCCUCAAAGAUCUUCCUUACAACAUCGGCGAACCUUAUUCCUCUGCUUGGGGCUCCUGGACUCACUAUAGCGGCACCUCCAAGGAUGAUGGGUCACCAGUGUCUAUAUUUUCUCUUUCGGGAAGUAGUACCAAUGAUGGACAUUUAGCUGCUGGUCGUAAUGGUGUCAAGCGUCUUCGGACGGUCAGACAUCCAAAUAUUUUAUCAUUUCUUCACAGUACUGAAGCAGAAACUCUUGAUGGCUCUACUACCAAGGUUACCAUCUAUAUUGUCACUGAGCCUGUUAUGCCACUGUCAGAAAAGAUCAAGGAAUUAGGAUUAGAAGGUACACAAAGGGAUGAAUAUUAUGCAUGGGGAUUGUACCGCAUAGCUAAAGCUGUGAGCUUCUUAAAUAAUGACUGUAAGCUUGUUCAUGGUAAUGUUUGUAUGGCCAGCGUUGUUGUUACUCAAACAUUGGACUGGAAGUUGCAUGCUUUUGAUGUUCUAUCUGAGUUUGAUGGGAAUAAUGAAGCUUCUUCAGGACCAAUGCUGCAAUAUGAGUGGCUUGUUGGUGCACAAUACAAAUCGAUGGAGUUCCUAAAGUCUGACUGGGCAACAAUUAGAAAAUCUCCACCUUGGUCGGUUGAUUCUUGGGGUUUGGGUUGUCUUAUUUAUGAACUGUUCUCUGGUAUGAAGUUAAGCAGAACGGAGGAGCUGCGUAAUACUGCGUCCAUACCAAAGUCUCUACUUCCAGAUUAUCAGCGGCUCUUGAGUUCUAUGCCUUCUCGCAGGUUGAACUCAUCAAAGCUUGUGGAAAAUAGUGGUCAGCUCAUUUCUCCUUCUUAUGCUUGAAUUGUUCACAUGAAUUUGUUAAGAUUUCUGGGCGCGUUAAAACAUAAAUUGUUAUGGUCUAUCAUGGCAGCAAUUUGUUUCCAGAGUGAAUGUAUCUUGAUUAUGUGUUAUUCUUUUUUGUUUUUUUGUGGGAAAGUUUGGUGUCAUAUUCUGUACUUGGAAGUUGGAUUAUUAUUGUUUUUCUAGGUGACUGUGGUUUCACUUUAUAGUUUGCAAUCAUGCUUUAGAAGUACCAUAGGUAUAUGACUCUUUUUUGUUCUAAACGUGGUUUUUUGAUGAAGGAACUUUCAUGUACGUAUGAAUAUUACUGUGUACCCUAUUAUCAAAUGUACUUGGAUGGGAUUUAUUUGGAUUUAGUGUUGCAGCUGGAUGGUUGUGGAUUUAAAUCACUUGGCAUGGUAUGUUCUCCAAAUAUUACUUUUAGCCAGGAAGCAUGGUUGUUGAAUCAAGGCUGCUGCUUGUUUUUUGCACUCUUUGUGCGUGCCCCUUUGUCUUCAGACUUCUAGUUUUGGGUGUAGGUUGUUCUUCUUCCGGUUAACAAAUUACUAGUGUAGAUCUAUGUGAGGAUAAUACGAAAUGUCCGUGUUAGAGAAAUGAUAGGAGUAGCUCCAAUUGAGGAUAAAUUAAGAGAGAAUAAAUUAAGAUGGUUUAGUUAUAUUCAACGGAGGCCAAUAGAGACACCAGUUUGAAAAAAUGAUAGAAUUUUUCUUAAUGGUACUAGAAGUUGGGGAAGACUUAAAUUAACAUUGAACGAAAUAAUAAGAAAAGAUAUAAAAAUAUUUAACUUAAAUGAGCGUAUACCGCA